AAACCUGCAGAGCAGAAGCAGCUGAAGUCUCUGUCUCCCGUGUGACCAUGCGCUUGCAAACCAGAGCCCGGUUCCAACUGCCCCGCGUGGGAAGUGCCAGCCUGGAGCGGGGACCUCGCGGAACGCUGGGCUGGGGGGGGGCUUCGGGCACAGCAAGCUGGUGGAAGAGCCUGGCAGCCUCUGUGACGGGCCUGAUGACCGCGACACCAACCGAGCCAGAAGCAGUGGUGAGGAAGUACCUGGAAGAGCUGAAGCGCGCUCCUGGCGAUGAGGACUGCAUCAUCUGCAUGGAGAAGCUGUCCUCCCCCUCGGGCUACAGCGACGCGUGCGAGUGCAGCACAAUCAAGCCAGAGACGGUCGGUCGCCUGACAAACUGCCAGCACUCCUUCCACAUGCUCUGCAUGCUGGCCAUGUACUCCAGCGGGAACAAGGAUGGCAGUUUGCAGUGUCCGUCUUGCAAAGCCAUCUACGGAGAGAAAACCGGUACUCAGCCCAAAGGGAAGAUGGAGGUCUCCACUUUCCCCCAGUCCCUCCCUGGCCACAAGGACUGCGGGACAAUCCAGAUUGUCUAUCACAUCAGCAGAGGCAUUCAGGGCCCUGAGCACCCCAACCCUGGGAUGCCGUACACGGCAAGAGGCUUUCCCCGCUAUUGCUACCUGCCGGACAACGAGAAGGGCAGAAAGGUCCUGGAGCUCCUGAGGGUGGCCUGGAGAAGACGCCUGAUUUUCACAGUGGGCACCUCCAGCACCACCGGUGAGAGCAACACAGUGGUGUGGAACGAGAUCCACCACAAGACGGAGAUGGACACAAACCUGAGUGGCCACGGCUACCCGGAUCCCAACUACCUGGACAACGUGCUGGCGGAGCUGGCCGCGCAGGGCGUCACCGAGGACUGCCUGGGACACUGAGCUGCCGCGGGGCCCGGCCGUGCCGGGCGCGUCUCGGGGCGCCCCCCAGCACACUCAUUCCUGUUGCCUUAAGUUCCUGUGUCUGACCGCCCGUCACACUGAGCAAUAACACUGCACCGCGGGAGCGCUG